UUCUCCUAGCUCUCUUCUUCCGAUUUGCAGAUGAGGAUUCGCAACACAGAUUGGUCGACGCAAAUUUUUUAUUUUCCAUUUCUUGAAAUUUUUGCUUGAAGAAAUCAAGCUGUAAUCAUUUUCCCCGGAGCUGUUUUAUGCUAUUGAAGAAUGAAGCUUGUCAAGGAUGCCAUUGUAGCAGAGACUGGCAAUAGACAGCUAUUUCCUCCUUCAAGAGAAUGAUCACAUAUCUGGAUUUUGCUCUGUAAUGCUGACUAUUGACGAUAAAAAAUUUGGAUUGCCCAUCCUUAUGGAGCCAACAGCGGUGCUAAUCUCAAAUGUUAUUGGCUUUGUAGUCCAAUAGUCCACACUUUCAGAUGAAAAACUUCAAAGCCAUGCUCAUCCUAACCUUAGUCCUAAUGUCCUCAUUUGACUUCCUUAUUUUGGUCUUCUCACUCCGACUUAAUCCAAACAGCUCUGAUUUAUGUGACAAUAAAGUGGACCCUCGGACUCUCCGACUAGACCAAAUGACGGUGGUGAUAAGUGGCUACUCAGAGCACAGAAUCCCACUCCUCCAAUCCAUUGCUGCCAGGUAUUCAGCAGCUGCAUCGGUCUCAUCCAUCCUAAUAUUGUGGUGCAAUCCCGCUACUCCAACCCAAACCAUCUCCCAACUCUCCAAGAACCUAUCCCAUUACUCAACCGUAAAUGCCCCCAUCUCUGUCAUCCAUGAAACCACUGCAAGCUUAAAUUCGCGAUUCUAUCCCAGGGAAUCAAUUGACACCCGUGCUGUCCUCAUCUGUGAUGAUGAUUUGGAACUUGAUUCCAGUUCCAUUGACUUUGCAUUCAACAUUUGGAAAUCAAAUCCUAAUCGUUUGAUUGGUUUCUUUGCUAGAUCACAUGCAUAUGAUUUGAGUACCAAGUCUUGGAUCUACACUAUCAGCAGCGAUAAGUAUUCCAUUAUACUCACCAAGGCCAUGGUCAUGAAAUGGGAAUACUUAUGGGAAUACAGUUGUGGAGGUGGGAAAGUAAAUGAAGAGCUGCGGAAAAUUGUGGAUGCUGAAAGGAAUUGUGAGGAUAUUCUAAUGAAUUUUGUUGUGGCAGACAAGGUAAAUGCAGGGCCCAUAUUAGCAGGAGCCGAGAGAGUGAGGGACUGGGGGGAUGCAAGGAAUGAAGGCGGGGUGGGGAAGGAGGAGAGGGAGGCUGGGUUGAGCAGCAGGAGAGGGGAGCAUCGGAAAAGGAGAGGGGACUGCAUCAGAGAGUUCCAUAGGGUUCUAGGCAGAAUGCCUUUGAGAUAUAGUUAUGGGAAGUUAGUAAAAUCAGUCGGUGAACAAGGGCUUUGUGAGAAGAGUGGCAAGCUGGUGUAUUGUGACCAGCAGGUUUUCAAGUAAAUUUUUUUUUUUUGGUGUUUUUCUCUCAUAUGCAACUGCCAUGUGGGUUUUUGUUUUAGUUCGACAGUGCAUUAAUGUAAUUUUGCCAGUAGGUACUUUCUUACUAUUAGAGUUGAAAAAGACAUACCAUACAGAAAAGGGAACAUCCUGUUUUAUUUUUCUGGGAAACUAGAAUCCAGACUUGCAUGUUGUUACAAAUGGACAUUAUACCUGAACAAACUAAAAUGAAUAGCCGAUGUUGAUGAAGCUAUGCCUUACAGUUACUUGAACAACAACUGUUUCACACAAAACUAUCUCAAAGCUGAUCAUGAUUUGGUAUUCUAGCUUCAUGUGGAUGGCAUUUAUUUUCUUUCAAUGUGAAGUCUAAAGGAGGAAAUUGGUGUCCACUUUGGAGUUUCUGUUGAUUUGUCUUGCCACUAUAGUUGUGUGACACUAAUGCUGCAUGGUUAAGUACCCAAGUCAGCCUGAAUGUGCAAGUAUGGAAAGGCCUCUGGUGGUAAUAAUAUCUAUGACUCAAGGAAGUUCUGAUUAUAAGAUCCCGGAAGAUGAAGUUGAAAUGGAGCAAUCUGGCUGUUGCCAGAAGUUAGCGAGUGAAGCACAAUUACUCUGUAACUUGAAUCAGAGGGUUGGAAUGCAGUCUUGAGGUGAUAAAGUUGGGGCUGGCGGAGUAACAGGAUUAGGACAUGGAUAUUGUAUUCACCUGGCCUACCUCUACGGGAAAAUAGACAAUGUUUGAUGUAAACAAAUAAAUUGUCAACUUUAUCUCAGUUCAUAUUGGAUGGGCAAAGAGUGCUGGAGGAGACAGUGUUUAUGUC